AUAAUCCCUAUGGCUCGAGCUAUGGCUGCACUCUUAUACGCUCUUCUCUUAUUACUUCUACCUUUGUGCCCUUUGACUGAAAGUCAAAAUUCUUACUUCAACUGUGGCUCAGAUACAAAAUAUCCUCUUCAUUUAGUUGGCUUCUUUCCCUGUCUUGACAAUGAAGAUGCAACUCAUAGCAGUGGCUGUAGGCUGCCUCUAGCUGCAGUGGAACAUGCAAUAACUCUUGUCAAUCGAGAUGAUGAUCUACUGAGAUGUUUCAGAAUAGAGCUAUUCCCAAUUACAGUACAGGAUCCACAGCAGCACCCAACAGAACUAAUCGAGUUCCUAUACAACCAAUACAAUGAUCAACCUAUCCAUGGUGCUAUUGGCCCUUACCAUGCUGAUUCUGCUAAAAUGUUUGCGUACGUCUUUGGACUGUACUUAAGUACAUUGCAAAUAUCUUAUUCAGUGACUAAUACAUUACUAGAAGACACAAUGAGAUAUCCUUACUUUCAUGCUACAGUCCCGACUGAUGCCUUUAUGAGCAAAGUCUUAACUGCAUUACUGGAGCACUUUGGAUGGCAGGAAGUGGCCAUCUUGUCCACGCAUGAUGAGCAGAGUGUUUUGGCUUCACAGACAGUGGCUAGGGAAUUGGCACUUAUCAAUGGAGAUUUGUCUCACUUUCUUGGUGCCUAUAUAGGCUCAGCUACAGAAAUAAUCAAAACGGCAAAGGCUAUUGAUAUCAGAAUAUUUGUUGCCAUAAUAAAAUCAGAAAGUGCCAGGAGUUUUAUGUGCCAGGCUUAUCGUGCUAAUUUAACUACUCCUCAGCAUGUUUGGAUAUUGCCUGGUAUAUAUAAUCCACUCUGGUGGGAACUAGAGAAUCUCAAUGAAACUGUCUACAACUGCACCAACAAUCAGAUAAAAGAAGCUAUUUCAUCAAUGUUAUUCUAUGACUCAACGCCAACAAUCAUCCCUAAAAAUGAAGAAGAUGAUAUCAUUAUCUCUACCAUCCUCAACAGAACCACUAUUCUUAAUGGAACAUUGAACUAUAUUGACUUCCACUAUCUCUUGCACUCAAAAUUGUUGAAUGCUUAUGAUGCAACAAGAGCAAUGGCACUUGCAUGGAAUGCAACUCUUCAAGACUUUACUGACAAUGAGCUAAGCAUUCUUUUUAAUCAGUCAUGGAAGAAUUCAAGUCAAAGCAAGCAAGAGUUAGUAGAGGCUUUGCAGUAUAAUUUGAAGAAUGUUGUCAGCCCAUAUACUGGAUUAGCUGACACUUAUAAUUUCAAUAAUAGCAGAAAUCAGUUUGGAGGAGCCAUUAUCACUCAGUUUGUUGGCAAUGGAGAAUGCAUAUUGGGAUAUUAUUCAUCAAUUAACAGUAGUCACGUAACAAGAUUGGAAGGCUGUCAGCAUGAUUAUUGCUGUAAUGCCACUUGGAAAGGUGGCUACAAACCAACAGAUGGGCAUUGCCCAAAUGGAUCGUGCACUUGCAGAGAAAAUGCAAAUACUAUAAACUUUGUUCUAUUAUCAUUAUUACUAUUUUCUGGAAUAUUUUUCAGCAUAUUAAUGCAAUUUGUUAACUAUAGAUUUAGAGAGAACAAAUAUUUUAAAAGCUCAUCCCCUGUUCUCAAUGCUCUAAUUACAUUUGGUUGUACAAUGGGUUAUGUAACUGGAUUGCUGUUUCUGGCUUCUUAUUAUGUUGGUAUAACUGGAAAAGGAGAAUUGACUCCAGUUUGCAAUGUUACUAUCUCAUCAUUCUGGUUGUCACUAGUAAUAGUCAAUUCUACAAUAUUUAUGAAAAACUGGAGAAUAUUCAGAAUAUUUCAUAACCCUACUCAGAAAGAAAGGAAUAACUUGUCAAACAAAACGAUGUUCCUAGGGAUUCUUAUUCUUUGCUCUCCUGUAUUGUUGAUGCUCAUAAUAAUAGUAUCUGCUGGAGUUUUCUCAAAAUAUGAAUCCACUUUUGAUAAUUUUCAAUGCCCUAAUAUUCCUGAAGCAAUAGAUACAAUGCUAAUAGAAGAUCACUGCAUUGAGAGAUUGGCAUUUAAGUGGGAUAUAUUGAUUUCUGUCUUCAUAUUCUUUCUCUUCAUAUCAAUCACUAUGCUGGGCUCAUAUAACUCCCGCUUAUCCUCGCAUUAUAAAAAAGAGGGAGAGCUGGCCAUUCUGACAGGGAUAAUUUCCCUGGUAUUGUUUACUUCUUAUUAUCUCAUUGCAAUUGGUAUUUCUUCUGGAUACACUACAUCUUCAAGGAUAGAAAAUCAUAUGCCUUAUACAGUUGGAUCACUGUGGAUUUACAACUCAUUCAUCCUAACUGUCUUGUACUUAUCAAAAGCUAUUGAAAUGCUAAGAAACAGGAAAUUUCGUCCAAGGCUGAGGAGUAGGAAAACCACCAUUAGAAAGAAGUUCAAUGAUCUACAUGACCAGCUUUUUAUUUUGAAACAUCGCUUACAAAAAAUAGACGAAAGUAUUGCUAUAGAACAAAUGCACUCUACGGAUUCAACUUCUACAGAAAUAGUUACUGUUGAUUGAAGUUUGCUUUAUGAUUUGUACUUUGUAGCACCAUUUUGUGUAUUAUGUGUGUGUGAUUUUAUAAAGACUUAAGCCUGAAUGGCCACGUGUUUGCACGUGUACUGGUUAUAAA